AUGACGCUUCCAAUGCCCAACACGAACGGGACUGCGUCGAAACACUCAGCAUGUGAAGAGACAAUCGAGAAGCGGCCUCCAUAUUGGAUCCCUAUCUACGAAGAAGUCGCAUGGACACCGACGCAAAGAUUAAGGGUUAUCAGUAUCGGAGCUGGAUUCAGCGGGCUCACGAUGGCGAACAAAAUCCAGAACAAGUACAAGCUGGACAGUAUAAUCGAACAUGUCAUUUAUGAGAAGAACUGUGACAUUGGAGGGACCUGGCUGGAGAACCGCUACCCCGGCGUCAUGUGCGAUGUACCAGCGCAUAUGUACACCCUUCUGGAUCUCCCCAACCCAGAAUGGCCUUCAUUUUAUGCGACUGGGGCGGAAAUCCAAGCUUAUUUGCACCGCAUUACUCGAGUACACUCGCUGGACAGAGACAUUCGGCUCAAUUCUAGGGUUACGGAAGCAAUAUGGGAGGAAAGGAGCGGGACCUGGAAAGUCCAGGUGCAACAGGGCGAGAAGGUCCUCGAGGACUGGUGUCAUGUUCUUCUAAAUGGCUCUGGAGUCUUGAAUGGCUGGUCGUGGCCAAAGAUCCAAGGUCUUGAUCAAUUUCAAGGCCACCUUUGCCAUUCAGCAGAUUGGAAGAACGACUACGACUUCUCUGGGAAAAGAGUCGCCGUCAUCGGCAAUGGGUCUUCCGGCAUCCAAAUCGUGCCCCAGCUUCAGAAAACGGCGGCCAAAGUCUUGAACUAUGCUCGGUCACCAACCUGGAUUUCUGCGCCUUACCUCGAGGACCUUAAAGGACCCGAGCCAAACCCGAAAUACUCGGAGGAACAAAAGAACUUCUACCGCGAAAACCCUGGUGGUCUCAGAGAAUAUAGAAAGAAGAUGACGCACGAGUUCAAUAAGUUCUAUGAAGCCCUUAUUGAGGGGUCGAUUCCUAAUCAAAAAGCUCGCGAGAGGGCACAUACUUCAAUGAUCGAGGCCCUUCAGAACUCUCCGGACCUGAUUGACAAAUUAGUCCCAACUUGGAGCCUUGGAUGUCGACGGAUUACCCCGGGCAACGGAUAUCUGGCGGCGCUCUCGGAGAAGAAUGUUGAACUGAUGACAACGCCGAUCGAGAAGAUUACGGCCACGGGGAUCGUGACAUCUGACGGUAGAUUUGAACAACUGGACGCCAUCGUCUGCGCCACAGGAUUCGAUGUCUCGUUUCGACCCCGCUGGCGACAGCUCGGUCGGGAUGGUAGGGACCUCGCACGCGAAUGGGAUGAGCACGCUACGAGCUACUUCUCCCUCUGCGUGUCGGGUCAGCCGAAUUAUUUCAUGUACAACGGACCCGCGUCUCCCGUGGCCCAUGGAAGUCUUCCCUCUGCGAUCGACUGGGAGGCCGAGUAUAUGAUCAAAUGGAUCACCAAGAUGGCUCGGGAAGAUAUCAAAAGUUUCGAACCCAGGGCCGAGGUCCAAGAGGCAUGGAAUACUUGGGGCGAUGAGCUGCUCAAGCGGACCGUCUGGAACAGCGGCUGCAGCAGCUGGUACAAGCGGAGUGGCCGAAUCUCAGCAUUGUACCCGGGUUCCAUCUUACAUUUCAAGGAUUGCAUUGAGAAUAUCAGGGGCGAAGACUUCGACGUUCGCUACCGAAGCCGAAACCGUUGGCGGUUCCUCGGAAACGGAUUCACUGAGCUCGAGAGGCAGGGCGGAGAUUUAGCCUACUACCUGGAGCAUUAG